GCAGGGGCGUCUGCGUCAGCAGGCGUUUGGUGUGUUGCGACACCACGUACCCGAGCACACGAGGGUUGGACCCUCCCGCGUGUAGCCGUGCGCGGCUUAGCCGUGUCCGGGGAAAAGGGGAUCCUGGGGGUUGAGCCGAUGCCGGGUGUUUGGACCUUUACGGCCCCUCGGUGGAGGCAACACACCUCUUUGGCCUCCGCUUCGCGUAGACGGCACCCCCGGACUGACCCACCCGGGGGAAAUCGGUAGUCGCCUUUUCCUGUCUCUCUCUCCCCAAUCUUCGUCUCUCUCAUACUUUUUCGCCUUUCCUGUCUUCUACUCUCUUCCAUUUACUUCCUUUUUUCGCUGGCGGCAAGGGUUAACCGUGUGUGGCUACCCUACCUUGGGUACACCAUAUUUGGUUAUAGUAGCGGCGUACGACUGGCGUCGUGCAGACUUGUGUACAAGCUCUGCCGCGUCCCCUCGUUGGGCUCCAUGGUGGGUGGUCGGCGCUGUUGCCGAAUAUACACACCUUCUUAUGGCAGCGCAAACCUCUGUUGUCUAUGAUCGGCCUCUGAAAAGAGGCCGCACCGAAGCAACGUUCCAGUUCUCCUUUCGGAGCAACACCCCAACAUUCCCCAAGUACCAUGUAGUCCAUAGUGAAAACAACACACCCGUAAGAAAGCUCUCCCCUUUCCUGGUGGCCAAGUGCCUAAAAGACAAAAUUGGACCGACAUAUAAAGCCUCAAAAAUGUCUAGCGGGGACCUCCUCCUAGAACUAAAUGACAAAGACCAAGUACAAAUGCUCUCGGAACUUACCAGUAUUGGCGAUGCCACAGUUACAAUUUCAGCCCACAGAACUCUAAAUACAAGCAGGGGUGUGAUAUCCGAGGAGGACUUCCUUGGCUUGAGCGAUGAAGAACUGCUGGAGGGUUUCCAGGAACAAAACGUGACCAAAGUACAAAGAAUUGUCAUUCGCAGAAAUGAUCAAGAAAUUCCCACAAAACAUGUUAUACUCACCUUUGGAACAAGCGAAAUGCCUACCUCUCUCAAUGCAGGAUAUGUAAAAGUAAAUGUCAGGCCAUAUAUCCCGAACCCCAGACGAUGUUUCAAGUGUCAAAGGUUUGGACAUGCUUCACAUGCAUGCCGAGGACAAACAACCUGUGCUAAAUGCAGCUCAAAUGAACAUCAAUCUGACAAUUGCACUUCUUCUCUACACUGUGUAAACUGCAAAGGGGACCAUGCAGCUUACUCGCGGUCCUGUCCUUGCUGGAAAAAAGAAAAAGAAGUAAUUGCACUAACUGUGAAAGAAAAAAUCUCGUUCUACGAAGCUAGAAAGCGAUUGUCUUACCUUUCUAGAAGAAGUUAUGCCGAAGUGACGCAGGUGGGGGCAGCGUCACAGAGGCCUCGGGAGUCCUGCGGGCCCACACACAGUGGUCCUGCAGUCACCCCUCCCGCCCCCGUGGUGGAAGCAGUCAGCGCUGCUCCACCCUCUUCGAAGGGCCCGCAGACACCAGUCUCGCAGGGCCCUAAAAUCAAUCGAGCCCCAAGGCCCGAGACACGUGUCUCGGCGCCCAACUCUCGGUCCUCCAGCGCCUCAGGGAGAGCGAUGGAGGUCGACUCAAAAACCCCGGUGUCGUCGACGCCGAAGGACAAGCGCUCUCUCGAGCGCGCAAAGAGGGACAAAGUCCCAAUAACCACACUAAUUAAGAAAGUGGUAACCUAAAGGUUAUCGCUCCUUUGUAUUAGCCUUCUCCACAUCUAUGUCACCUAACAUCUUAUUCAAUCGUAAUGCCAUCUUUUACCUUUCAGUCUUAAAAUGGCUUUUAUUAUCCACUGGAACUGCAGAGGACUAUUACGCAACUUAGGUGACAUCAAAGACAUGCUAAAUAACUUCUCUCCUGUAGCCUUGUGCUUGCA